GCAAAGCAUCAUUCGCGUCCGUCCCAAACCAAGAAACCAAGAGCGCCGCCGUCGGCCGGCGAGGGCGAGCCAUGGACCACCGCACCUACAAGGGCGGCGUCAAGGCCUACUGGAAGCACCGCGGGUACUACCGCCUCGACGCCGCCGCGGCGCAGCGGCGCGCGCCGCUCCCCACCGCCGAGCUGGGAGGAGGGCGGCAGGAGGAGCGGGGCGCUCGUCGGCGCCGCGGGUGGCGCGUGCGGCGCGGGCUGGGGCUCGGGAGGCGGGUGCUGCGCGCGCUGUCGCCGCGGCGGUGGCUCGUCCGGCUCCGGGACGCCUACGUCUCGGCCAUGCUGCGGCUGGCGUCGUCCCCGGCCGCCGUCGGGUUCGGCGCCGGCGCGCCCUACUGCGCCGCGGGGCAGGAGGCCUUCACGCGGCCGCGGCAGCUCAAGGAGUACGACGAGAAGAUGCUCGUCGAGAUCUACCGGUCCAUACUCGCGCGCGGCGGCGGGCCCAUCGCUGUCCCCGGCGACGUCCCGCCGGCCGCCGCCGCCCCCGCCGCUGCCACGGCUAUCCGGUUGCCUACAGCCGCCUAAUCAGCAGAACAAACAAGUUUGUUCCUCUGUACUUGUGAGUUGUGAAUGUAGUAACUUGUUUUCGCAGAAAACAUCUGCUCCUGCUUGUAAAAUCAAGUGCUUUCUUUCCCCACAAAAGCAAGAAAGCCGUAUAUUUUCGUUUCUGAUUACAUGCAAAAAUUAAA